AUGUCAGUGAAGAUGAAAACUAAUAUGUUCUUUCGCAUGUUUGUAACGAAAACAAAAUACCUUGCACAAAAAGAACUUCGUUUACUUGAUAACGAUCAGAUAGAAACGUCACAAAAAUUACCUUUUAAUGAGGACACAGAUUUAGAAGUCAAUAAAUCUGACGACUUGGACGAAGAAGUCUCACUGGGAAACAUCAAAGGCAAUGCAAAGGUUAUCAAGGCACUGAAAGACAUGGGCGAUGUUGAUGUAAAUCGCAUUCCGCAAAUUUGUUUGAGUAAAGUGCAGUCCCCUAAGUUACUAUACUUGUUAAAUAAAAAUACCGCUAAAGAUCUUGCAUCAAUAAUUGCAAAUGAUAUCAUUCAAUCUAAUGUACCUGUCGUAGAAGUUAAUUCCGGUCCUGGAUUUCUAACUGAAGAAUUACUUAAAGCUGGUGUUCCUCGAAUUUAUAUGAAUGAAAAAUACGAAGAAUUUUAUUGGUAUCUUGAACCACUUUUGAAAAAAUAUGGCAAGCGAUUGAGUUUACGAAAAUACAAUCUUUUACAACUAAGUUUUAUUCAAUCUUCAGACAACAGAAUUAUUGGCAACAAAAUGCAAGAUAUUUUUGGAGGAAUUGAUACAAAACAAUGGGAUCAGGAACCAUCAAUGCAAAUAAUUUCAAUAGUACCUAAUAAACCAUUUUUAUAUAGCGUACAAUACUCAAUGAUAGAUCAAUAUUUGUCUAGCUUUGGACGUAUUAUUUUAUACAUCGUGACCAAGCCAUCAAUAGCUAAAGUUUUUGAAGAUAUUCCUGAUUCUUCUCUUCACAAACCCAGAAAUAUUUUUCUUCAGACGAUGUUUGACUCAAAAGUACUUGGUUCAUUACCAAGAGCAUCAUUUUUCCCAUUUAAUUCUAACACAAAGAAAAAACGACCGAAUUUGAAACUUUACAUAGAUGAUAAUGAAAAAAUGUCUGUCAUGAGAUUAGAAGCCAAGAAAGAUUUUUUAUCUGAUGAUUUUACAAAGCACGAUGCUUUAAUGUUUCUAUAUUUUUUAAAAUCUCAUAUGAGAAGACGUGAUGCGCGAAUUAUACCAGAAUUAGAAAAACUAAUGCCAGGCUGUGGGAGACAAUUGAUACGACAUAAUUUGAAUAUUUAUUCAAGAUUUUCAGAAUUGUCAUCGUAUCAAUUAUUUAUUUUAUUUAAAAUAAUCAAGUCUUGGGCGCAAUUUGAAAACAGUUCAUUUGUCGAGGAUUUGAAGUUUCGAUUUGAGCAAGAAACGUAG